UUAUUACUUCAACCAUAAUAAUAAUAAUAAUAAUAAUAUUAAUAUGAGUAAUUUAAAUUCUCAUCUCCUUUUUUUGAAAGAGUAAAGAAGAGUGUCUUCCUAUUGUCACCGUCCCGUUCCGACCGUUCAAACCAUCCUCGAUUAGCCGACAAAGCUCACAGAACCAAAAGAAGAACAUUCAAUUAUAAUAUUAUCUAUUUAAUUUAAUUAUUUAAUUAUUUAUUUCCAAAAUUAAAUUAUUAUUUAAACCCCUAAAUAUUCUCCCUUUCAUAUAUUUAAUUAAUUAAAUAAAAAUUAAAUAAAUCCUUCAAAGACCAUAACACUCCUUCUCUCUCUCUCUCUCUCUCUCUCUCUCUCUCUCUCUCUCUCUCUCUUUCUACUAAUCUCUAUACAGAGUAUCAGAGCCGUUACCGUACACUUCACUGUUUUCCUACGGUUCUUUCUUCUCUUCUUCAGCUUCAUUUUCUUCUUCUCUUUUUUGUUAAAAAAAUAUAUUUUUGGGUUAUUUAUCGCUCAGAUUUGGGUUUGGGAGCUUUGUGGAGUUCUGUGUAGUGUUCUCUGAGGGUUAGGGUUUCCGCAUUAUGAUGUGAAACCCUAGCCGGGGUGGGGGUUUGGUUGGGUUAGGGUUUUUGUAAGAUCUGGAGUAAGGGGAAAGAAGGGGGAGGGCAAUGGGGAAUUGUUGCAGAUCUCCGGCGGCCGUUGCCAGAGAAGAUGUGAAAUCGAGUUUUUCCGGUCAAGAUCAUGGACGGAGGGACUCGAAUGCUGUGAAGAAGGCGCCUGUUACUGUGUUGACUGGGGUUCCGAAGGAGAAUAUUGAGGAGAAGUAUUUGGUGGAUCGGGAGCUUGGUCGUGGUGAGUUUGGGGUUACUUAUCUCUGUAUUGAACGACAGACGAGGGAGUUACUUGCUUGUAAGAGUAUUUCGAAGCGGAAGUUGAGGACUGCGGUGGACAUUGACGAUGUGAGGAGGGAAGUUGCUAUAAUGAAGCAUUUGCCGAAGAAUUCUAGUAUUGUGACCUUGAAGGAGGCUUGUGAAGACGAUAAUGCGGUUCAUUUGGUUAUGGAGUUGUGUGAGGGUGGCGAGCUUUUCGAUCGGAUUGUCGCUAGGGGCCAUUAUACGGAGCGAGCGGCUGCGGCGGUGACAAGGACGAUUGUGGAGGUUGUUCAGCUCUGUCAUAAACAUGGGGUGAUCCAUAGGGACUUGAAGCCAGAGAACUUUUUGUUCGCGAACAAGAAGGAGAAUUCUCCUUUGAAGGCUAUUGAUUUUGGGUUGUCCAUAUUUUUCAAACCAGGUGAGAAGUUCUCUGAGAUUGUUGGCAGUCCAUAUUAUAUGGCUCCAGAGGUGCUGAAGCGGAAUUAUGGACCAGAAAUUGAUAUAUGGAGUGCAGGAGUUAUCCUCUAUAUUUUGUUAUGUGGUGUUCCUCCUUUUUGGGCUGAGUCUGAACAAGGUGUUGCACAGGCAAUUCUUCGUGGCCUAAUAGAUUUUAAACGUGAUCCGUGGCCCAAUAUCUCAGAAAGUGCCAAGAGUUUAGUCAGGCAGAUGUUGGAGCCAGACCCUAAGGCAAGACUAACUGCAAAACAAGUUCUUGAGCAUCCGUGGCUCCAAAAUGCUAAGAAAGCUCCAAAUGUCCCACUCGGAGAUGUUGUCAAAUCAAGGCUAAAACAAUUUUCAAUGAUGAACAGAUUCAAGAGAAAGGCCUUGAGGGUUAUAGCAGAAUUCCUAUCCACUGAAGAAGUUGAAGAUGUAAAGGAACUGUUUAGAAAGAUGGACACUGACAAUGAUGGUAUUGUUUCAAUUGAAGAAUUGAAAUCUGGACUUAAAAAUUUUGGAUCCCAGCUUGCAGAAUCUGAAGUUCAGACGCUUAUUGAAGCUGUUGAUGCUAAUGGGAAGGGAACGCUGGACUGUGGUGAAUUCGUUGCUGUUUUCUUGCACCUACAAAGAAUGGCCAAUGACGAGCAUCUUCGCAAGGCCUUUUCCUACUUCGACAGGGAUGGGAACAAUUACAUCGAGCCAGAUGAGCUCAGAGAUGCAUUGAUGGAAGAUGGAGCAGAGGAUUGUACAGAUGUAGCCAAUGACAUUUUCCUGGAAGUGGACACAGACAAGGAUGGGCGUAUCAGCUACGAUGAGUUUGUGGCAAUGAUGAAAACUGGAACAGAUUGGAGAAAGGCUUCUCGGCAUUACUCAAGAGGAAGAUUCAACAGUCUUAGCAUGAAGCUGAUGAAGGAUGGUUCUUUAAAUUUGGGGUAGUUAGUAGUGAAUGAAGCACACACCGAUGCGGUUGGGUGUUCAAUGUAUGGAAAUGGAUACAAAAGAGGUGCUGUAUCAUUUUCUGCCCAUCUGGUACUUGCUUUCUUUUGUGAUUUUUUUGAUAGUGUCCCAUAGAUAAAAAUGGGCCUACCUUUGCUUGGUGCCUUAGAAGGAUCAUAUGAUAUGGAGGGGUCUGAGUACAAUUAUUUGUCCCAGGCAAAGAAAAAAAAAUGUUGAUUUGUGUAAAAAAAACAACGGACCUUGUAGCCUACUGCGCGACAUGUAUGAUUCUCUCUGUGUCCUCUUUUUGCCAUUUCAACCUUUAUGUGAUUUGUUUUUGGUUGACAAUGUGGAGUUGAAAGUGCUGUAGCAUACUGUUGUAAAAGAAAUAUGAAGGGUCUUUCUUUGUAGUGUGCAUGUUAUUGGCCACAAGUCAGAAUUACAAUUAUGUCCUUUCCCAUCUCAAUGGAGAAGUAAGUAAGGUUUGUAUUUUUA